UUCAACGCUUCGAGGAAGAUUGUGUCGGGGAACAGGAGGAGGUAUAUGGACGGCAAGUACAACUUAGACCUCACUUACAUCACCCCUCGCUACCUAACUUCGCUACUUCGCUUUGCAGGGGAAUUUUCUCUUGCCGUUAGGAAUGACUUGCGAAUCGUCAAACAAUUUCUGGACGAGAAGCACACGGGGAGGUAUAAAGUUUACAACCUUUGUGUUGAGAAGAACUACAGCGCUAGCAAGUUCGACGGCAGGAUGGAGUGGUUGCCCUGCAAUGACCACCAGCCCCCCAGCUUGAGGCAGAUGAUGCGGUUCUGCUACAGUGUACAGAAGUGGCUGCUGAUGCAUCCGGACAACGUGGUUGCCAUCCACUGCAAGGGAGGCAAAGGGAGGACGGGACUCAUGGUCUGCAGCUACCUCAACUUCAGCGGCUUCCUGAGCUCUCCAGAGGAAGCUCUUUCCUUCUUCCAGGAGAAACGAACUCUCAAUCCCGAAGGC